UAAGAUCGACGCAAACAUGGCGACCGAAGAUAGUAAACUGAAGUUUCUUCCUCGGCAUCUCCAAAGAUCACAACCGGCUAUGUCGAAUAAAUCUAAACGAAGAGUUACAGUUGAAGAAGAAAAUGUUGGUGAUGAAUCUGACCGAAGAAGUGUCUUCGAUCGAUUAGGGCCGGGUGGCUCUCAAAGAAAUGAGAAAUCCAAAGCUAGCUUUGAUUUUCAAGACCAAGGUGAAUAUGCCAAAAGUUAUAGUGGUGUUGUUAAGGAUCGCAACAAACGGGAUACAGAAGCCAGUCCAGAUAAUCUCAGGCUGAAGUUUAAAGGGGGGAAGGACAGGGAAACCAAAGUCAAGUCCCAGGUUGUGGUGCGUGGGAAAACCGGUGCUGGGAGUGAUGAUGAGUCUGGGGACGACAGGGAUGAGUGGUCAAUGGAUAUUGUUUCUAAUAGUCACUUGUAUGUAGAAUUGGAGCAUAAAAAGGAACCGGAACUUGAGCAAAAACGUUUGGAGAUUCAGAGAGCCCUUGAAGCUUUAGAGGCCAAUGAAGAAGGGCCCCCAGACCUGAAGAAGUCAGAUUCCUCAGUGUCUGACAGUAGCCCUGAGAGAUCUCAUUCAAAGAAGAAAGACAAAGCAAGCAAAAAAAAAGAGAAGAAAAAGAGCAAGAAAAGUUUUACAGACAAAGACGUCCUUGUUGACAAAACAAAAGAAGGAAAACGGAAACACGGAACAGACGAAGAUGAUGAUGAACAUGUUUCUCGUAAGAAGCGUAAAAAGAAAAACAAAGAUAAGAAGCACAAUGAGGACCCACCUGUUAGUCUACCAAGCGAAGCUAGUGUGAAGCCAAAGAAGGCUGGGUUAAAAGGUGGAAAGUUAGCUGCAGACUUGUAUGAUCCAGAGUCCCCAACAUCCGUCCCUCAUGAAGACACUCCUGAUGAUAAAAGGUUUUUAUCAUCAUCUCCAAAACUUAAAAAUAAAGGAAAGAAAAAAAAGAAGAAAGUGAAAGCAGUUGCUGAUGCUCCAGGAAAGGCCAAGAAGUUGCUGUCUCCAUUGAAAAAGGUCCUGAAAUUAAAGCGGGGUCCAGCCUCCCUCAAGAGAUCAAGAUCACCCAGCGCUGGUUCACCUGCCAGGAGACAUUCCAAGUCCAGAUCAUCAUCCAGUUCUUCAGACAGCUCUAGCUCCCAGAGUACAGCAAGAAAAAAGAAAGGUCAUGAUUCUGCACAUGAUAGAGGAAGGAAAGCUUCAAAGUCAGUCGAGAAAAAGAAACGGGUUCAGAGUUAUAGAUCAGCUUCUUCCACAUCCUCAUCUUCUUCGUCAUCGUCAUCAUCUUCUGAUAACAGGGGUAGGAGGAGGCAGAAGAAAUCUUAUCAUUCCCAAGACCGAUCUGCUGUCCGAUCACAUGACAGGUCGACCUCCAGGGCUAAGCUGAGGUCACCUGUCGAGUCGGUUGUACGCAAGGAGGUGAAAGUUGAGCGCAAGAAAAGAGGAAACAGUGCAGAUUCAUGGCCAGCCACAAAGGAUGAGCGCAGUGAGAGCAGACCAGAGAGGCAGAGUUUAGACAGGGGGAGAGACAAGGGCAGGAAGGAUGCGCGGGGCGGCAACAGGCAUUCCCUGUCACAGGCAGGCAGGGGCACGAAGGAGAACAGACAGAGUGCCCGUGAUGGGGGUCGCAAAGAUGGGAAAGAUCAGAAGACUGGAAAGACGGAUUCUAAGGAAGGAGGGAGGAGGGAUGGAGGGAAAGGUGAUAGAGGAGACCAGCGUAAAGAUAACAGGGAUGGAGGGAGAGGCGAUCAUAAAGAUAGCAGCCUCAACAAAGAUAGAGAGAAGAGAGGAGGGUCUCAGGAUGAGAGGACGAGGAGAGGUUUCACCGCACAGCAGGCUGAACGUGGUGGCAGAUUCACACAGAGAAGUGAAGAUGGUGACAGACGCACCUUUGAGGAACCCAGGGGUAGAUUUACUGGCACUGACAGCCAGCGCGUUGGCCAGUUUGGAGUGGAGAGACAGAGAGGUGGAUUCGAAAGGGGCAGUGAUAAUAUUGACAGACCAGGUCAAAGAGAAGGUUUUGAGCAGCGGGGGCGGGGGAGAGGUGGCUUUUCAGGACGAGGAGGAGAGACCAGAGGAGGCAGAGACUGGGAUGAAAGAGGAAGAAGGGAAGGAGAUAACUUUAGGGAUGAGUGGGAGAAUGAAAGAGAAGGCAGAGGAGGAUUCGGUAGCUUCAGAGAAGGUGGGAGAGAGUUUGGAGGAGGAAGAGAAGAAAGGAGGCAAGGUGGUAGAGAAGAGCGACUCCUCCCUCACCUGGGAGGGGGAGGAGAUGCAGGGAAACUUCUCCCUGCUCCUGACUCCAGGGGUCAGCCGAGAGGUUCCGGGUUCCGCGAUGAUGACUCCGAGAAGCGGGACUGGAAGCCGCGAGACAGCACUCCUCAGGCGACAUCGAGAAAAAAUUCUAAAGACCGGGACAGAAGUGUUAAAGAUGAAGCCAGUGACAGAACCCGGGCCGAUGCCAAGAGUGAGAGCUCUGCUAAAGUCUCAGACAAGGACAGCAAGAGCAGAACCACUGAAAAGUCCAGCAGCAACAGCAAGCAGAGUACGGGGUCAAAGGCCAAACCAGAGUCCGGGAAAGAGGAGUCCCCCAUGGCUAGGGAUGAAACCUCUCUGGCUACCCUGUUCUCCCAAACAGAGACCACCGUCAGCCUGAAGAAAAAAACGACCAGUAAAAGUUUUGGUGGAAAGAAGAGCCCCAAGAAACCAGAGGACACAAAGGCCCAGGAGAAAGGCAAGACAGGGGUGGGGGCUGCUAGACGAGGCAUCAAGCCACCUGAGAAGAAAGCGCCGGUGUCUAAGGCUUCAGAGAGCAGCAGAAGUAAGGACGCAAGCAAGGAUGACAGAAGUGUAAAGAAAGAUGAUACAACAAAAGAAAAGUCUUCCAGAACCCCCUCGCCCAAAGGCUCUCAGAAGAGUGGAGACUCCAGACAUUCCCAGUCCAAGUCAUCUCGCAGGUCCUCUAAGUCACCGGAACAUAAACGUGGUACAGCCAGGUCACCAGGUGGCGCCAAGCGUCCAGCUGAUCCUGUCAAAUCCCCAGCCAAAGCCUCCCACUCCCCAGCACCUUCAAGUGUUAAGGACAGGGAUAGGGGGCGCAACAAAGGAAAUGAUAAGAGAAAUGAGAGGGAAAAAAUAAGAGAAAUGAGAGAAGAAAAACAUAACGCAGUUGUUGAUGUUUGUUGUGUAGUGAAUGUUAUCUGUGCUUUAGAUGUUGAUAAUUCUGUAGAAGAGAAAUGA